CCUGCGCAAAUUGUCACGUGAUUGCGAUCCCCGGUAGUCAUGUGACCUGCUCGCUGGUCAAAGCAGACAUGAGCGCCCACGCACGGCUGGCACUGCCCUGGGCCCUCGCCCUGCUGCUGGCGCUGGGGCUGCUGGGCCUGGAGGCCAGGGCCCCCAGAGCCCCAGACCCUGACUUCCGGGAAGACUACUUUGAGCAGUUUCUGGACCAUUUCAACUUUGAGAGGUUUGGCAACAAGACCUUCCGCCAGAGGUUCCUGGUGUCAGACAAGUUCUGGAAAAGGGGCGAGGGGCCCCUGUUCUUCUACACGGGCAAUGAAGGUGACGUGUGGUCCUUCGCCAACAACUCGGGGUUCCUCCUGGAGCUGGCAGCGCAGCAGGCAGCCCUGGUCGUGUUUGCAGAGCAUCGCUACUAUGGAAAGUCGCUGCCGUUCGGGGAGCAGUCCACAUGGCGUGGGCACACAGAGCUGCUGACCGUGGAGCAGGCCCUGGCCGAUUUCGCCAGGCUGAUCGGAGCGCUGCGGCGUGACCUCGGGGCCCAGGACUCCCCCGUCAUUGCCUUCGGUGGGAGCUAUGGGGGGAUGCUUAGCGCCUACAUGAGGAUGAAGUACCCCUACCUCGUGGCGGGGGCGCUAGCGGCCAGUGCCCCCGUGGUGUCGGUGGCAGGCGUCGGCGACCCCCACCAGUUCUUCCGAGCCGUCUCUGUGGACUUUGAGGACCAGAGUCCCAAGUGUGCCCAGGCCGUGCGGGAUGCGUUCCGGCAGAUCAAGGACUUGUUCCUCCAGGGAGCCUACAAGGUGGUCAGCCAGGAGCUUGGCACCUGCCAACCACUCACGGGCCGGAAGGACCUGGCCCAGCUGUUCGGGUUUGCCCGGAACGCCUUCACCGUGUUGGCCAUGAUGGACUACCCAUACCCCACUGACUUCAUGGGGAGCCUCCCUGCCAACCCCGUCCAGGUCGGCUGCGCCCGCCUGCUGAGCGAGAGCCAGAGGAUCCAGGGUCUCCGAGCGCUGGCAGGGCUCGUGUACAACUCCUCGGGCACCGAGCCCUGUUAUGACAUCUACCGGCUGUACCAGGCCUGUGCGGACCCCACAGGCUGUGGCUUGGGCCCCGACGCCAAGGCCUGGGACUACCAGGCCUGCACUGAGAUCAACUUGACGUUCUCCAGUAACAACGUGACGGACAUCUUUCCCGACCUGCCAUUCACCGAGGUGCUCCGCCAGCAGUACUGCCUGGACACGUGGGGCGUGUGGCCCCGGCGGGACUGGCUGCAGACCAGCUUCGGGGGGGCCGACCUCAGAGCCGCCAGCAACAUCAUCUUCUCCAAUGGUGACCUGGACCCCUGGGCAGGGGGUGGGAUCCAGAGUAACCUGAGCGCAUCGGUCCUCGCCAUCACCAUCCGCGGGGGAGCACAUCACCUGGACCUCAGAGCGUCCCACCCAUUAGACCCCACGUCUGUCCGGGAGGCACGUGAGCUGGAGGCCAGCAUCAUCCGCGAGUGGGUUGCGGCAGCCAGAUAUGAGCAGCGGCGGCAGGGCACAUGGCACAGAGACUGAGGGGCACUCCCCCAGCUGGGACCAGGACUCACAGGGGCGCAUCUCCAAGGGACUCCAGAGUGAGGCGUCCAGUCCCAUCUUCCUGAACCCACUCGGCCACCAGGCUCAGUAGGGCCUUGCCCGAGGUUAGGGGCUGAAUAAACAUCUGGUGGCCCGGCCAAGCCCCUCGUCUCAGCUGUGGUCCCUGCAGGGGAGGAGGGAGUGUGACAUGGUGAACACACUGCCCAACCUCCCCAAAUCAGCCACGUUUAAUAAAACAGAAUCCUCAGC